CGAUUUGCUAAGUACAUUUGUACAAAGUUUUCUAAACGAUAUGUGUACAUGUAUAGUCUACUGUUUGUAAAUAUUAAACUUACUGGAAAAUUUUAUUGCGUAUAAUUUUUUGAAGAUUUUGCAUCAUUAUUAUAUGACAAUGCUCAAAUCUUAAUGAUAACUUGCUUUAAUAAUUAAAAUACUAUACUAGAAUAGUAUUUCAAUUUGAUCGGGAUCGGACUACAGAUUUUCGCGGAAAUUGAAGAAUGCACCAAGUCCGAAGUCGCAUUCAAAAUCAAAGCAAUGUAAUGAUUAUAUAAUAAUAUUGCUGUCGUUCACUCUUAUGUAGCACACAAUGAAUACGUGAAAAGUGGAAUACAUGUAAACAAGAACUGACCGUAAUUGAUACGACGUAUAAACAGUGAAAUGAAGAAUGGUGCAGAUUGGAACAUGUGGAAUGGUGCAGGAGGAGGGGUUCAGCUCCAGAACACCGUCAGUGGGGUGUUCAGACCGUUUGACCAGACAGAUGCAGAUGAUAGUGAAGGGGAAGAGGAGGAUGAUUUCCAGAUGCUCAGCUUCAAAGAAAUAAGGUCGACAUCAGCUGGAGGGAAGACAUUCCUCAAGAGAACGAAACAGAAGGGAAUCAAAGGCACCUUGGUUGACCAGAGUAGAAAGCGUCAGACCGAUGUCCAUGCCGGAUUUCACGUGACGGAUCCCUGGUGGAGGAUCCAAAUUUUGAGGACGGACUUGAAGAAGAACCGCAUCUGGUACAGCGCUGAUUCGUGCGCCCUGUCCUACCAGCUUCUGGAGAGAGAGUGGGUGAUGAAGAACAAUGUGGUCUACCAAUACCUCAACAAGCUCAUGUCACUACCAAAGAGGAAUCCCGACGAAGAACAGGAAAACAACCGGAAACCACGAAAUCCAGUCAGGGAAUACACCCCGGCACCAGAAGUGGAAAAGUUUUACAAGUUUGUCUGCAACAAUUUGGGAAAACAAAACAUGAUGACAUUUGAAGACCUCAAGGAAAUGUUGGAGGAAUUUGAAAACUACCUUCCCGAAGAAGAGAAAGAAAUGGCUCAAGUUAUUCAGGCUGAGAUAGAAUCCAAUGAAGAGGCCCAGCUUGUAUACAAGGCCCUGGAAUGUCCCUUAAUGUUCAGUCUGUUACCCCAGCUCCUACCCAUGCAGUUCCUGGACAUGAUCCAUAUGGAGGAGCAGGAUGUUAAGGCUCUGGAGAGAGAUUUAGAGGAGAGGCCCUGGGUGUUUGGGUUUAAACAGGUUUUAAGCAAGGAUCAUCACAUCGUAGGCUGUGAAGCGCAGUGGUAUCAUUACGAGAAAUCGGGGCUAGAUCAGCAAAUCAAACAGCCUUACAAAGACGGGUUGUUGAUUUACGAUUUCCUGAAGGCCCAGACAAAGAAAGGCCACACUGGCAUAAGAAGCUCCCAUGUUCGGGAAAAAACACAGACACUUGUUUCAGAUUACAGUGAGGCAAUUAGUUUUCUAAAGAGAAAUAAGGUCGUAAAGGAGGUGACAAUAGAAGGCGUGAUCUGGAUAUUUCUUUACCAUCUGUAUAAGGCGGAGGAAUUUAUUGCCUCGGGGGUGACACGCCUCUUCCGUGAACAAAUGGAAAACCAGUGGAUUCUAGAUGUAGAUUUUGAUAGUGAUAAGUUUGAUGGUAUCCGAAGUGACCCAGAUCAGCUUAGGGCAGCGAAAUUAUUGACUCAGCUUCCUGUUGUAGUGAUUUCUGGGAAGGGUGGCUGUGGCAAAACAACAGUUGUCACAAAGGUGAUGUCAUCCUGCGAAUCCAGACCAGAAUCACCUAAUGUUGAAGAGGGCAUGGAGGAUGAAAAACAAGCAGAUAUUGACUGGCCCCCAGAGAAUCAAGUUGAAAGGACUUUUCCCAGAAUUCUUUAUACAGCACCCACAGGCAAAGCUGCCAAUAUUCUGGGCAAGCGGGCAGGAACCAUUGGUUAUACACUGCAUCAGGUCACUUUCAGCUAUAUGAGGCAUUGUCAAAAUCUCAAAAAGAAUCCCACAGAUGAAUGGAAGUUCAAGAAUAUCAACACACUGGUAGUGGAUGAAUGUUCUUUGGUUGCCGUAACAACUUUUCAUAGUUUAUUCAAAAUGCUUGUUAAGGAGUCUCAUCUUCGUAGAAUCGUGUUGCUAGGCGACGUGCGACAACUUCCUUCAAUCGAGCCAGGGAACUUCCUGUCGGACAUGUUUUCUGGUCUGCAGAAUCUUGGCUGUGCCGUCGAACUGAGAACAAAUCACAGAUCGGAGUCUCAGCUGAUUAUUGAGAAUGCCACCAGGAUUUCUAAGCAAAGGUGCCCAGUCUUUGACCCAAAGAGGAAUUUUAAGCUACACCUGGUGGAAGGAGGGUCGGGCAAAGAGUUCCUCAACCAAGCUGUGUUGAAUCUUCUUAGAAGAGAGAAAUCUUUGAUGAAUGACAAGACUUCACAAUUUGUAGCCUUCAAAAACAAAGAUAUAACUAUAGUGAACGAAGUCUGUCUGCAGUUUUACAAUAAACAUCCCCAGGUGGACUGCUACAACAAGCCGAUGUUCCUGACGGGGGACAAGAUCUGUAUGACUCGUAACAGCCUGAUCACGCUGUACGAGGAGAGUGACAACGGAAUGAAACCCGUGACGGCGAAGAAAGAGGAAGAAGAGGAAACUGGAGGGAACCUGGAGGAUCUAAGUUUUGGGGCAGAUCAAGAAAAAGAGGCAAAUGCCGACUCUACACAAAAAACCGAAAUAGAAGAGAAAAAGGAAAAGAACAUUCGCUUGUGUAAUGGGGAGGUGUUUUUCAUUAAAGGGGACAAAACGAUAAUCGAUUGUAAAAGUACAAAAAGCGAGCGUUAUUUGUACCUGUCCAAUGAGGACCCAGACGAUCCCAAAGAGUUCUGGUGCUCCUUCAGGGAACUGAAGAAAUUCUGUAAAAUCCGGCAUGCUUGGGCAAGGACCAUUCACACCUUCCAGGGAUCUGAAACAGGGGCAGUGGUGUAUUACUUGGGAUCGAGCGUAUCUUGGCAGAACUGGCAGCACGUGUACACAGCGGUGACGAGGGGCAAGAAGGAGGUUCACAUACUAGGCACCCAUCUUGUCUUAUCAAAAGCCAUCGCCGCCAAACCCAACGUGAGAUGGACAAGUCUGAAGUAUCAGCUGAACAAAAUUCUACCCGAUCGAGAGCAACUGAACCAAUCCUUGCAGGCGUCUAUUGAAGACACGGAUGACCAUGCCCUUCCCUUCACUCAGACAAACAGCUUCUCCAUGGAUAAACCAGAAGAUGAGACAUUUACCAGAAUUGUUCUGUCCCCCAGAAAACUAGAUCUUCAGAGCCCUAGGGCUGGGCCUCAUGGUCAGCAACCCUCUACUUCUUUUGUUGCAGCCUCUGGGUUGUACAGGCCAAGACCUUUGAAUUUUUCUCCAAAUUUACUGCCGAAUUCUAAGCAACAUUUUCAGAGGUCCAAGCUCUCUGGUCUGGAUGCUACCUCUACGCCCUUGGUUAGACAGACUCUGAAUAAGUUCAGCAAUUUAAGCCCAGUCCCAAAGCUUGAUGAGUUGGCAUCUGGAAAUAAAAGUUCUAACGACAGCCAGUGGUCAGAAGUGGAUGAAAGCAUGCUUCUGAUCUCAGAGGAACAGGCCAGGAACGAGUCAUUGUUGGAAAACUGUGGUCCUCUACGCAGUGGAAGAGAGGAUGGAUAUAGAAAUGGUGAGGCCCCAAAGGUGGAUGAUGAGGGAUGUGAAUCUGAUGCAACUCAAAGUCCUGAUGAAGAUGUUGAAGACAAUGGAAUGAUAAAGAAAGAAAACGUUCAGUCAAGUCUUAAACAGAAUAGGUAUUCAGGAUUUGUUCAGCAAGACAGAUUACCUGAAAUUUCUCCGCGGAAGAAGAAUAACAGAAAUGAAGGUCAGCAGAGGAAUACUGCUAAAGUGACAGAUGAUGCUGAUUGUGAUUUUGAUGAGGAUGAUGACGAUAUUGGGGAAUUGUCAAGACUGUGUGAAGUAGCAGAGAGAACUGUUAAUUUCCAGAGAAGUAAUGGCCAAAACUCACCCAUUAAUGACUCAGGGAGUGAACCCUCUUCUCCACGCUUACUCUCUCCUGUAUCUUCUAAAUCUAUCCAGAAAUUUUCCAAUGGUAGUGGAAUUGGAAAUGGUAGUAACUUUGAUUCACAUAGGUCUGUGACCGGUGAUAAUGACUUGUUUGAUUCUGAUGGUGGAGAUGAUGGCAGGAACUCUCCAAGUAUCCUCUCAUCCUCACUAUCACCAAGUCCAUUGAAAAGAAACAAUGAAGAGUGCUCAAGAGGGGAGGUAACUCCAAAAAAGUUGAAGUUGGAAUGCUUGCAAAGUUUAGCAAGUCCUAUGCGUAGGAAACUUGAUAAUCUCAGCAUGUCACAAGAUUAGAUGUAUUAAUACUAGUAUUCUGUUAAAAACCAGAAGAACUUCAAUAUGAAUUUUUAUGUCCUUUUUUUUUGAGAGAGAGACAAUUCAUUAACAUUACUGUUAUUCCAGUAAUAUUAUAAAUUGAUUUACUGAAAAUCACAAUUUCAAGGUUCCAUAAAGUGGCCGGUGAUCUUUUCAGAACAAUAUUGUAUUAGCAAUUGCACUUUAUUGAUCCUUUUCAUUUUGUGGAUUAAGUUAACAACAAAAUCCAUGAAAACAGGUAUUCAACUAAUAUGAUUAAAACCACAGUAUUAUGAUGUAGAAUUGACUCAUUUUUUCAACCCCUUUUGUGUUCAUAAUUUUUGUUCUUGAUGAAUACUCAUGUUUCUGGAUACUAAAACUAUUUUGCAUCAGUCAUUUUGAUAUUGUUUUAUGGAUUUUUUUUAUCAUGUUCAAGAAAAAUAUUGCUAAUGUGAUAAUUUUACACGAUACUUUUUUGCAAUGCAUUUAUAUGAAUUAUAUGCAUGGAAAGAUAUUAUAAACAAGUGUGUGUUUAUAAUUCUAUCAUGCUACCAAAAAAUAGCGAAGCUUACUUUAUAAUGAAACUUACUUUUUGUACCAACAAAAACCCCAUUUAUUUUAACAAUUAUAUUGAUUGAUAUUCGGGAAUCUACUAUUAGUUAUUCAAUUGUAGAAACCCAAAGUAUUUUAUUCUAUGGGGAAAAAUGCUGUUUUUCAGCUCACCUGAGCUAAUAGCUUAAGUGAGCUUUUCUGAUAACUAUUUGUCCAUACAGUAAAUAAAGAAAAAAAACUUUAAAAUCUUCUCAUGAACCAUUUGAUCAGAGUGGCUUAAACUUGUGUAGAAGCAUCCUCAGAUAGUGUAGCUUCAAGUUUGUUCAAGUUAUAAUCCCCUGGGGAAGUGAGGGGUCACAGUGGAUGGGGGUUGAAUAAUUACAUAGGAAUAAAUAGAGAAUUUUUUUUUUUUAAUCAUCUUAAAAACCAUUUAGCCAGAGAAUCUUAAACUUGUGUGGAAGUAUUCUCAGGAGGGGUAGAUUCAAGUUUGUUCAAAUUAUGAUCCUAUGGGGUAGGGUAUGGCCUGAAUGGAGGUCAUAUUUGUACAUAGAAGUAAGAGAAAAUCUUUAAUAAAAUGCUUUCACCAGUCAGAAUUUUCAAAUUUUACAAUAUUUGACCAUAAAAAAUGUUAAAAAAAUUUUUGAAAAGGAAAAAAAUGUAAAAGCCUCGGCGGGAUUUGAACACAUGACCUACAUAUUCGUAGUUCAAGUUCUAACCCAUUGCUCUUUGCUGUUAGAUAACAAUUUUGAGAAAGAACAAAUUUAGAAAAUAAUUAAUUUUAUUUAUCAUUUCAAAAGGAAGUAUGUCACAAUAUGGAGAUGUCCCAAACCACCUUAAAGCUGAUUUGAUCAGGGUUAUCGCUAUUGUUUUUCAGUGGAUCAAUGUGGCCCCUUUUUUUCUUGUUUUAAUUACCGGCCGCCAGAAAGCGGUCUGUUAUAUGAUACGUAAGUAAAAGGAACUACCUGUCAUUUCUGCAAGCUAUUUUGAAGAUCUCAUUACUUUGUUUAGACGAUUUAAUUUACUCAAUGCUUUGAAGCUUUCCUCAGAGAGAAUGUAUGUGAAAUGUUAUAAUCAGAAAAGCAAAUGGUGUGCAGUCGUUUUUUUUAUGCAUGCUUAAUUUGUUUCUUGUUGUCUAUUGUUUUGAUAAAA